GCGCGCUGUCCGGGCCAGCCAGACUACAGUAAUGAGUUGGUGGCCUAACGACCUCCAAAGUUGCCAAAACAAAGGGGAUUUGGCGAUGGAGGCUUUGUUGGAAGGAAUACAAAAUAGGGGGCAUGAUGGGGGAUUUUUGACAUCCUGUGAAGCAGAACUACAGGAGCUCAUGAAACAGAUUGACAUAAUGGUGGCUCAUAAAAAGUCUGAAUGGGAAGGGCAGACACAUGCUUUAGAAACAUGCUUGGACAUCCGUGAGCAGGAACUUAAGUCUCUUAGGAGUCAGUUGGAUAUGAAACACAAAGAGGUUGGAAUGUUGCGUCAACAGGCAGAAGAACAUGAAAAAGUCAAGCAGGAGAUGGCCAUGGACUAUAAGCAGGAGUUAAAGAAACUACAAGAAGAAUUAGGCAGACUGAAGAGAAGUUAUGAAAAACUACAGAAAAAGCAAAUAAGGGACUUCAGAGGCAACACCAAUAAUCACAGGGAAGAUCAAUCUGAAAUUGAGAGGUUAACCGGAAAAAUAGAGGAAUUUCGUCAAAAAUCACUGGACUGGGAGAAGCAACGUUUGAUUUAUCAGCAACAGAUAUCGUCUCUGGAGGCUCAAAGGAAAGCUCUGGCUGAACAAUCAGAGAUCAUUCAGGCUCAGCUUGCCAACCGGAAACAGAAAUUAGAGUCUGUGGAGCUGUCCCGCCAGUCAGAAAUUCAGCACCUGAGCAGUAAGCUCGAGCGGGCCAAUGACACCAUCUGUGCCAAUGAGUUGGAAAUAGAGCGCCUCACCAUGAGGGUCAAUGACUUGGUUGGAACCAAUAUGACUGUUAUACAAGAGCAGCGGCAAAAAGAAGAAAAAUUGAGGGAAUCUGAAAAAUUGUUAGAGGUUCUGCAGGAAGAAAAGAGACAGUUGAAGGCAACUCUUCAUUCUCAAGAAAAUGUCAUCCAUGAGACAAAAAUGCAAAAGGAGACUCUACAAGCAAAAUUAAGGGCAACCAACAUUCAACAGACAGUAGAAGUCAUAAAGUCAUUGGAGGAAUCUCAGACUGAAAGGCAGUACACCACGCAUGAUCAGGACUUAGACAACGUGCUCUCCCAGCUGGAUUUGACCCACACCAGUGAGGAGCUUCUGCAGGCAGAGGUGACUCGUCUGGAAAGCAGCUUGGAAUCUGUGAGUACAACAUGUAAACAGCUGAGCCAAGAACUAAUGGAAAAAUAUGAAGAAUUGAAGAAGAUGGAAGUACAUAACAAUGAGUACAGGGCAGAGAUUAAGAAGUUGAAAGAACAGAUUUUGCAGGCUGACCAGAGUUACAGUUCUGCACUCGAAGGAAUGAAGAUGGAAAUCUCCCAGUUAACCCGGGAGUUACAUCAGCGAGAUGUCACUAUUGCUUCUGCCAAAAGUUCUUCCUCUGACAUGGAAAAGCGACUCAAAGCAGAGAUACAGAAGGCAGAGGAGCAAGCAGUAGAGCACAAGGAGAUUUUGAAUCAGCUGGAGUCACUCAAGUUAGAAAAUCGUCAUCUUUCUGAAAUGGUGAUGAAACUGGAAGUGGGUUUGCAUGAGGUCAAACACUCAAGGACUAUAGAAAUCCUUUUUUUUCCUGUACUUCCAAGAGAAUACAUGCCUCCAAAGAUGCAUAGUUACUCAAUACCCCUAUUUGCUCUCAUGUAGUUCUAAUUUCAAAAUUAUGGAUUAUGGGGGCUGGGUGGGAGGAAGUGCAACACACUAGAUGACCACUUUAUUUCAACUAAAAGAAAAUAUGGGGAACUAUUUUUAUAAUCUUUCGGGAGGGUAAGAGUCUCUUAACAUCAUGAAACCAUAAAGAAUUUACAGUGUAAGGAAUUUUACAAAAUAAAAAUGUAAAAUUUCUGGGUGGCAAAAGAUCCCAUUAAAAUAAAAGACUAAUAGACUGGGGAAAAGAAUCUAUAAACAGACAGAUGGUUAACAUAAAAUAUUAAUAUAUAAGGAUUUCAUACAAAGAUAAUAAAAGAUAAUUCAGUAGAAAAAUGAUCAAAGGACAUAAAUAGAUAAUUCAUAGAAUACAAAAAUCCAGAAAAAAGGAGAGCUGUUCAACCUCCCUAAUAAUCAAAACAAAAUAAAUAAAUAUCCUAUUGCUUAUUGGAUUGACACUGAUGUUUACAAACUAAUUAAUAUAGCCAGUGUUGGCAAACACACAGGGAAGCAGGGCCCUUUCAUGCUCUGUUAAUGAGAAAGUGAAUUGAUGAAGCCUUUCUAGGAGGCAAUUUAGCAACAUCCAUCAAACUUAUAAAUAUAUAUAGCCUAUAUAUCGAUUUGUUGCCUCCCGUAUGAGCCCGCACCAGGAAUGGGAUCCCAAGUCAUGUGCCUUUCUGAAUGUGAUAGUUAUUGCUAAAUAAUUCCCCAGAAAGGUCCUAUCAGUUUUCAUUCCCAAAGUACCCAUCCUAUAGGAGCAAAUGUGCAGAAUUGGUCAUUUUAUUGUUGUUUGCAAUACCCAAAAAUGUGAAAUAAACUAAAUGUUAAUCUAUAGAGGGAUGGUUAAUUUGUGGCUUCCUAUACUAUGAAAUAUUAUGCUGCCACUUAAAGUAGCAGAUGAAAAUAUGCCUCUAAUCUUGCUCCCUCCUCCUAGCCCUCUAAAACGAUAAUGAAAGGAAUUACUUUAAAGCACGAACUUAACAAGAUGGUAAAAAUAGGAAAGGAGACAAGAGCUAAAUAUCUUGUGCGGGGGAAGAUGAAGGGAGGGAUGGAAAUGACUUUAUAUGCCCCGAUAAAGCCAGUACUCAGCUAGCCGUGGAGAGAGCCCAGAGCUUACUGGUUUAUAACACAGAAUCUUCAGAAGGCCCAGGAGUUGGCAAUAACUGAUUGAUAGGGUCUUCUCUCAUGCAGUGAGGACCUGUUCACAUAUGAGUUGGGAACUCUCAGGGGCGCUUAAGCCUGACUAUGACCCGAGCUUCUGCUCAGCUCUGUUUCUCUGAGACCUCCACCGAACAGUGGUGGCACCGCCCUUUCUUUAUCCAGCCAGGUGUGUGCUUGCCACAGGUUUUACAUUGCCUUUUAUGUUCACUUAUCUGCAAUUGUUGUUAAUAAAAUAAAAUUUGGGAAAACUUAAAAAGAUGCCUGGCAAAGGCUAACAUUAUCUUUUUUUAAAAAAAGUAUAUUUGAUGACAUCAGACUCAGGUGGUGACAGUGCUGUCACAGUUUAAAUUCCCUCUGGUUUUGAGGUUACACACAGUGGGAAUAUGUUGUACAUAUUAAGAAUAGUUAUUACAAAGUGUCUUUUUGUAUUUUACCACCUGGGAAGGCAGAAUUGCUUUUACAAAUGAAUGUUUGGGUUAAAUAACUAUUUUUUAAAGAUUUUUUUAUUGAAUUUGAGAGAGAGAAACAUCUAUGUGAGAGCAAAACAUGAAGCAUCUGCCUCCUGCAUACCCCCUGCCGGUGAUUGAGC